UCAGCUUGCUGUGUGUGCGCGAAGGAAAAUUCCAGCAUUUUGCAGUGCGUUGGAGGGAAUAAAUAAAUUCCAUAAUAAUACCACCGUUUCGCCACUGACUUCAUUCGCCCACUCGAGCGGCCGUCGAAGGUGCGCAUGAACGCACAUCCUGGUGAAUGUGGCUUGUGUGUAGUUCUGGGUAGAACAAACCCCCCAAAAAAAGGAAUCCUUUCGGAAAUUCCGUCAGUGUAAAGUUCGGUGUCCAUCAUCAGCUGAUAUGGAGAUUGUGACAGCGAAGCAAUGUGAGGUUUUGUUUACCUGUAGCAGCAGCAGCAGCAGCAGCAGCAGCAAGGAUAAGAGAAUGUGGUGAUCAGAUUGCGUGAAACGGCGUGGCACAUACACACAUACACUGCGUCUGAUGCACCAUUGAAGUGCAUCAAUCGUGAGCUCAUCGUGCAGUUUGGUUUGAUUUCCGUUCAAGACGUCAGCGCAUUACCGCACUUGACCCGUCGUGGGAGGGGGUGGCAACACAACACAACACAAAACACCCGACACAAGUGCACGUGGGAGAGAGAGAGAGAGCGAGCGAGGGAGAGAGAACAGGUGGAGGAAGGUGAAGAUUGUGUGAAGUGUGCUGCUGUUUGUUCUGUGUUACCCCAAACGUUGUGGUGGGGUGGUGUGUGUGGGUGGGUGAUCAGCAUUAGUCGGAUUCCUGCUGCAGGAAGAAGCCCACCAAGAAGGCCCCGCUACCACGUCGGAGGAGAGGCACUUAGUGCCUGAAGCGCACCGGGUGUUUGGCGUGAAAUUUGCGUAAAGUGUGGCUAGUUCUCGGGAAGGAGAGGGUGGCAUUGAAAGGUACCGAGCGAAGUAGGAAACGGUGAAGGAAGGAAACAGCUCAAGUGAUAAUUAUUGAUAGCGCGCAAAGUGGCCCCCGCUGCCGGGCUGUGCGAAGCUGGAAAUCGAAAGGGAAACGGAAUGAAACUGCUCGCGCAGAUAAUUCCCCUAAGGGUUGUGGUGCUGUAGUGUGAAGGAGAGGCAAAACAGAGCGAGGGGGGCUUUUUAAAGUGCGAGCGUACGAGCGAGACGCAAGAUAGGUAAAGAUUUGUUACGUAGUGAGAACACGACACGACGCGAGAAAGAAUAAGAGAAGGGGGGGUGAGUGAGUGAGCGGUCAAGGGGUGGGUUGGUUGGUUGGUUGGGUGAGUGUUUCGUGCACAUGUUGUGCGUAUGUUGAGACAGCCCUGCACAAACACAUUCAUACAUACAUCGCGCGCGAGAAAAUUUGUGUCCGUGUGAGUGUGUAUGUGUGUGACUAUCCGCGCGAGAGAGAGCGAAAGAGGAUGCUGCGAAGAAUUCGCCAGCAAAGCAACCAAAGCCCCAGCAGCAGCAUCAUCCCCAAGGCAACACCAGCAAGACAAGUGUGACAAGAAGUUGGCUGCUUCACAUCGCGGUCGCCGCCGCUGUCCGCAUUUGUGUGUUGAUCUCGAAGCGUUUGAUUCGCUGGGUCGUGUGUCGACGGCCACCGCAGGCCGAAAAGGGGAGAGCGAAAGACCCGUGUGUGAGCGCCACACAACACCACAGUGUUGUCAAAGGUUUCGCCCAGUGUUGUUGGCCGCAAAAGUUCAGAGUGUAGGUUGUUGGUGUGGUGUGGUCUUUCCCUUCGCCUCCGUGGCGUUAUCGUUGUGUUGUUUGGUUGUUUGGCUGCUGUCAUUGGUACACUCCGAGAGUGGAAAAAGAGCAAUUUUUCACGAUGAAGUUUGGCGCUGAAUUUCCCGCCUAGCGGUUUCAAGAAAAGGACUUUUUUUGGAAAAUGAUGUACUGGACUCUUCAAAGUCUGAGAUAAGUGAGCGCAACGUGCUUGUGUGUCGUCUUAGUGCUGCAACGCUUCCACCAAGUGGUCACCGAUAGUGCAUUCUAAAUGCGCCUGCAUGGCAUAGAGACGACGACGGAGUGCCCGAACCGCGAGUGCCACACGUCAGCGUAACCGCGCUCAACAGCACAAAGAGGGGGAGAAGGGGGCACAGCAGGGCGCCCUUGAUCUUGACCCAGGAACAGAAACCUGUCCCCAGGUGGUCACACCAGGAAGGAGCUUUUCAAUAGCUGCACAGUCCAGCACGCGCCCUAGCCCUAGCUACUAGUAGUAGUGGGUGAUGCGGUAUCAUUAGUUCUAGCGGAUUUGCGGAGUAGUGUAGCGCACUAGUACUUACACACCAACCUGUGCCAUAAAGAAGAGCAAGAAAGACAACACUUUUAUCCGGUAGAGACACAGCGCGGAAGAGAGAGUGAUAGAGAGAGAGAUAGAGAGAGGAGACAGUACGCAACCUCUUCUCCACAACCAGAACCAGUGUCGGGAAGCGUUCAGUUACGGCCGAACCGCCGGACGUCUAGAUUGCGAACAGGAAGCAGCCAGAAUAGCCGGCCCAGAGCAUCACACUCACGAUGGGACGGAAAAAGAUACAGAUUUCCAGGAUAACGGACGAACGGAACCGGCAGGUGACGUUCAACAAGCGCAAGUUUGGCGUGAUGAAGAAGGCGUACGAGCUGUCGGUGCUGUGCGACUGCGAGAUUGCGCUGAUCAUCUUCAGCAGCAGCAACAAGCUGUACCAGUACGCCAGCACGGACAUGGACAAGGUGCUGCUGAAGUACACCGAGUACAACGAGCCGCACGAGUCGCUGACGAACAAGAACAUUAUUGAGUUGCAGGUAAACGCGCAGAAAGAAAACAAAAACGGCACGAUGUCGCCGGACUCGCCGGAACCGGAGGACAGCUACACGCUCACGCCCCGCACCGAGGCCAAGUACAACAAGAUCGACGAGGACUUUCAGAUCAUGAUGCAGCGCAACCAGCAGCUGACGGCGGGCGGCGCCCGGCCCAACAUGGCGACGAACAGCUACUCGCUGCCGGUGUCCGUGCCGGUGUCGGUGCCCGUGAUUGGCACGUACAACGACUCGAUGCUGCAGAGCAGCCCCCAGAUGGCACACAAUAGUAUUAGUCCACGGCCCUCCAGCUCCGAGACGGAUUCGGUGUAUCCCUCCGGCGGUAUAUUGGAAAUGUCAAACGGCUAUCCCCAUUCGGCAUCGCCCCUCGGUGGAUCUCCCAGUCCCGGUCCGAGUCCAGGUAUUGGCUCUCAUCAGGCGCAUAACAAUAACAAUAACUCCCAUAACACGCAUAACAAAAAGUUCCAUUUCGAUAAUGCAGUGCAAACGAUCAAGCAAAGCCCGUCGGGUGGCAGUGGCAGCUCCGGUUCGCGGUCGUUGCGGGUAGUGAUACCGGCCCCGAUGAAUCCGACCAUCACGGCAGAUGACAUUUCAUACGUGGAACACACGCGGCAACAGACGAAUUUAAACACCCCGGUCGUAGCACUGCAGACACCGAUACCGGGACUCACCAACUAUACCACCACGCUCGGUUCGUUCGGUGCGCAGGACUUUUCGCUCAACCCGGACAUCAUGAUCGGCCCGUGGAGUGCGGCAUCCAGUCACAGCCAAAACACGUCCGCGGCAGCCGCAGCCGCCGCCAUGGGCAGUCUCCAGCACUCGAGAAUACUUUUCAGCGGUUUGCCCCAUCUAGCUGUGUCGAACAGUACGCCCCCGCCGUCGACUUCGCCACUGUCGGUGAAGAUUAAGGCGGAACCGAUCUCACCGCCCCGGGACCACCACAACACCUCCCACCAUCACGGUGGUGCGCCUGGUGGUGGCAGUAGCAGCGGGGCAAGCGGUUCGGCACCGGGCGCAAAUGGCGUCCAGUCGGCGAGCGGUGGCGGCGCGUCCUCCACGGCGACGGGUGUCAAUGCGAACAGCGGCAACACCAGUAACAACAAUGGAAGCGGCAACAGUCAGCAACAGAACGGCGCCCAGCAGCUGACCGCCAUGGGCAAUGUGGUUGUGACGGGAGGUGGAGGAAGUGGCGGCGGCGGCGGUGGUGCGGGGACGAGCUCACUAGGAGCGAACCUGAACCACUCCCACCUGAUACAUUCGCGACCUUCCUCGACCGGCCAUCUAACGCCGACACCGGACUCUUAUAUGCCUAUCGGUGGGCACCUGGCAGGUUCCGUGACGCCAACGAACGCACCCUCCCCGGUGGACAUCCGGCAUCUCAGUACGGGCGGUAGCCAUCUGCCCGAGUACGACGCCCCCACCGCCCAGGCACAUAAAAGACCAAGAAUAUCGGAGGGUUGGGCCACAUAGCCCCUAAAGACUGGCGGCGGCAGCGGCGGCGGCGGCGGCGGCGGUGGUGCAGGCAGCGGCAAUCGUGGAGCGGACGGUUCGGCAUGCUAUCUGGACGACAACUCAAACCACGUGGUAGUAAUAUCGGAUGCUGACGGUAGCAAUACCAGCGACGGCGGGAUGGGCAGCAGCAGUGUGGCCAACUUUACGCAUAAGCUUCACCAGCAUCUGCACGGGCACGGUGGCAGUGCGCACCAGUAUCAUCAUCAUCAUCUGCAGCAGCAGCAACAGCACCACCACCAUCAGCAGCAGCAACAACAACAUUCGUCCCAACUCUUGCAUCCCUUCUAUAACCAACACCAUCAUCAUCAUCAUCAUCAUGUGCAGCAACAGCAUCAUCAGCAGCAGCAGCAUCAUGCUGGAAGCAGCGGCAACAACAGUAACCAUGGCUACUCGAGUCAGCCCACAUCACCAUAUCACAACCACAACAGCAACAGCAGCGAGCCGAAGCAUCUGCAGGGAAGUCAUUCGCCCUCGCCGGGUGUAACGCCCGGUCCGUCCGGUUCCGUUGACGGGCAGUCGCAGGCAAUAGCGAUGCAGCAGCACUACUGAGGUACGCCCGACCGACCUGAGGUGCACCACCGAGAGCUUAAGCCAACACCCGGCACACAGUGUCCACAGAAGACAUGAGAUAUUAUAGUUACUGAAGUCAAUGUUGAGGAGAAGUCAUUAUCGUUAAGCAGAAAGUAAAACAGAGAGAGAGAGAGAGAGAGAGAGAGAGAGGAAAGAGGUAACAGGAAUCGUUGCCCGUUGCUGCUCCUACGUUUGGGAAGCGUUAGAGCUAUCGAUGAUUGUAAAACGUCAAUUCAGGGGCUGAGAUUCAUUGGAUAGAAGAAUAGUAGAAAGCUGGCAAGAGAGCAUGGAAGGAUGCGUGGAUGCGGGAGAUGGAGCCGUGAAAAACCUCGCGAGAACGUUUAUCUCUCGCCAUACACGAUCCUUCAAACAAUUUCCUUACGAUUGUAUAAGUUUGAGUGUGCGUGUGUGCGUGUGUGUGUGUGUGGUUGUAUAUGUGUAUCUGUAUGUGAGGUUGUGGCCAUAUUGUAUGUUCUUCCCAGUGACACAUAUAAGAGGAAAGGCCAUCGUAACGAUUGGUUUCACCACCGCUCGCUCGCUCCAAAUGCUCAGCGAAUCUUCCAGCUUAUUGUGCGCGGCCACGGAGGACAGGCCCCGAUUCCCAACACCCACCAUCACCCCAGCGUUGCAUGUUGGAUCCUCUACUUUCUAUCUGGAUGUGACGGUGUUUGUUAGCUUUUCAAAAAUCUCAUCGUUCACCAGCCCUAUUCCGUGCGCAAGAUCGGUGUAGAUUGAUGUUGACUUAUCAGCAGUCGCAGUCGCCAGCAGGACAAAGACGAAGGGUUACAAAUUGGCAUUAGUCCCGAGCCAAACAUAUCAAACAUAAGAUGAAGCUGACAAACGAUUCAAAUUGGCCCCACUACUACUACUACUACUACGACAAUGAUCGUACAAAACUAGUAUAUAAAGCUGUGUGCUUCUGGUGUUGCCAAUUCUGAGGUAGAUGAGGGAGAAAAAAAACAACCAUGAGAUGGCAAGAAAAGUCUAUACAAAGUAUGGAAAAGGAUGAAAAGGGGAACACAAAACAAUAUAAAUACCUAAUGCUACAAUCAUCCAAAUUGUAAAGUGAAAAGCAUAAAACGGUGCAGAGAAGAACCCAAAUAGCUAUUUCAAAACAGUUGAUUUGCUGCAAUUAGAGACAAGGAACAAAUAAGAGAGAAAAAAACCCGUCUACGUAGUAGGAAAUAGGACUAGAUAUUUCAUGUAGUGCAAAAAAAAGAAGAAGAAGAAGAAGAAACCAAGGAGAAAACAAAACCUAGCGGUGUGCAGAGCAGCAACCGAAAGCGAAGGAAGAGCAUGGUAGCAUAAAACGUACUAAAGCAAAGCAAAGCAAAACAAAAGCGUAAAAAAAGAAGAAACCUAGUUUGUGUGCCAUUAAUAGGAUAACGUCUCUGUAUAUUUUACGAUAGCAAAAAAAGGUGGAAAAGUGAGAAGAAGAACAAAAACACUGCAGCAUAGUACAGAAAGCAUAUUAUGCUGCAAAUUGCCGCCGGAUGAUGAUGAUGACAUGAUCGGAGACAUGUCGCAGGACAAAACAAUUUAGCCUUAGUAGUAAAACAAACAAAAAACAAAACAAAGUCAGUCAAAGCGUCGGUCGGGGAAGGAAGGAAGGAAGGCUGAAAAAAGGGGUGGAGAGUAUUGCAGGCCACUCACAUACACACAUUGUCUGUGUCCGCCGGUAGAUAUGUAAUACCGUUUUCUGUGUAUGUUGUGUAGCUUAUGGUUUUUUAGUUUUCAUUGUUUGUUAGCUACGUUCUUUUCCUCCCUUCGUUUGCUUACUUCCCUCCUCCGAUUUUAUCCUUUUAGUUUUGUGUACGGUUUGUUCUUUUUUUUUUUGUUUUAAAAACUCGUGUAGGUACUAUUUUCUUAUUGUUUAGGAAAAACAUGCAAAACACACUACAGACAGACACCAUUGUCACUCAGACGAUCAGACAAACAAACAAAAAAAAGGAUCCAGAUCAGGGGUUUCUCGGUUUGGGAUGUGUUUCGCUGCUUAGGCAAAACGGCAAGCGGAACGAAAGGCGUUUAAACGGCGCAACACACGCCCCGGUGCAAGAUAGUUUUGUAAGUUUUUGAAUUUGUUUUAUUUGUUUUACCGCUUUCACGUUCAAAUACGUGUGAACGCAUUGUGUCGCCGUAUUCGCUAGCGGAAACCGCCAGUGCGUGCAAUAGUAGAAUCCCUUAGUAGUAGUAGUAGUAGCCUAGGUGGCUAUAGUGUGUAGUGUAUAAAGGUAGUACAAGUACUACCGGCGAGAGUUGGAUAAGAUAUGUGGGAUUUUGGGGGGGGGGGGAGACACGGUGAAGCAGCCGGACGGGGUGAGAUCAGCUUAGGUUUAGGCUAGUGCUACAAAGAAUGAUAUUUAUUUGAUCUAUUACUCUAUUAACUACUACCGUGUAACAACAAAGUGUUAGGGGGGCUACACCCGUGUUUGCCAACCGUGUUUUAAACUCUUUUUUUUCUUAAUCUGAUUCUAUCACAUUGAACCAUCCCCCCGCUUCAUGUGUGUGUGUGUGUGCGUGUGUUGCGCUGAGUUUUUGGAGUGAUGUAGUCCAGCAAACCAUCCACUCAUUUCACUUUCAUUCGUAUGAAAUAUUGUAUAUUGUGUAGGAACGAAAAACGAACAGCAGAGACAAACAAACCCACACAGUUAGCCAGCGAAGAACACGCGCGUGGUCAAGACCCAUUAGGUAAGGGCGAUUAGGAGGGAAGAUGCCAUUAACAAGCAGCGGUUCGUGUGCGUCUUCCAAACAAAAACAUAAAAAAAGCAAUGACGACCGAAGAUGGUCGCCUUGUCCAGGGCAUGCACGUGUGCUGGAAGAAAGUGUGUUGCAGUUCAGCGGGGUUACUACUGACUGUGCUGCUAGUGCUGCUGCUGCUCGUAUACUUCCGCGUAGGUUGAGAAUAGUGUUUUCUUCCUUUCCAGUCAUAAUAGUUAUAAUAGUUUAAAUAGGUUUUUUUUCUUUUUGUGUGUGUGAACGCGUCACGAUGCAUCUCGCUCCCAAGCAAACGGAUUUAAAGAAAAAAUGUGGCAGAACACGUUGAAAAGAAUGUGAGACAGUAAAGAUUGGUCUUUGAUUUCUUGAAUAUGAUUUGUUUGUUUUAUGUUGUUUUGUUUUGGUUUUUCCUCCUUGUUUUGUAAGUAUAUUUUUUGCCAACUGUAUUUAUUAAUUUACUUAUUUAUUGUUUUCAGUUCAUAUCCUUUUCCAAAGCUUUCUGUGCGGACACACAGCUGCUGUAGGGAGAAUGCUUUCAAAUGUCAAUGCUAACAUGAUCCCACCACAGGCGGAAGGCGGCACACGCGAUAUAGGGGUGUUGAGUGUGCAACGAUUUGUGUAGUCAGUCGGUCGUUGUCUUUGUAGUAGAACCGCCAAUCGAGAAAGAGAGGGAGAAGAUGCCGUGCACGGUAGGUAGAAAUGGCUGACUGUACAUUAUUACACAGCAGGGGUUGCAUUAUGCUUAGUGAAACCAGUUCCAACCGCUCUAGAAAUGCGUACAUUGCGUAGCGUUGUCAAAAAGAAUCCCUCCAGCGAAGAUCGAAGUUUGCCACUCAAAAAAAAAGAGCGAUAGGGAGAGCAUAACAUGGCACAAAGCAUAGCAAACAUGGCGACGGAGUGACGGUAGUGGCAAGAGAAAAACUCCGAAAUUACCGAAGUUUUGAUAACCCCUGUUUAAAGUGAACGAUAUGUGCGUCUGUGAAUUAGUGUGCGCGCGUGGAUGUGUGUAUGAGUAUUCGUGUGUGUGUGUGUGUGAGAGAGAGAGAGAGAGAGAGAGAGAGAGAGAGAAAAACAGGAUGGAAAAAUUGCUCAUCAAAUUAACCAGAAGUGAUGAAGAGGUGCACCGUAACAGUGUGCUAGAGGAAGCUGUAGAGAGGACAUACAUUUACUAUCUACCCCACCCUGCUGCAUCUGCUCUCGAAACACCCCCCUUAUUUUGUUACGAUUUAUUGCACCUUCCUUCAUCCCGUUUUCAAAAUUCGAUGGAGUCGGCAACAUACACAACACACAAAAACACAAAUGGUAAUCGAAACAAACACACAAAACUGGCGCUGUUUUUAUUUCAGCGAAACGAUAGCCAAUUCAUCUUCCAAAAACUUUCACCACGGCUACCUAAGAUAAAGGAAGAGAGAGAGAGCGAGAGAGAGCGGGAGAGAAAGAGAGCCAAAAGCGGAGCUCCAACAGCCCCCCUCCCCUUCCCUACUCACUUGGAAAGAUGAAAACAAUAAGCAGAAGCACGAUUCGUCGAAAUUUGUAUGAAUGUUAAUUAUUACCUCCACUUUGUAGAUGCCUUAAACACAGUGCCUAUGUACAAAACAUGAAGAAAUUAAGAAGAAACACAAAACAAGAAAAGGAAGCUAACAAGAAGAAGAAGAAGAAGAAGCAAAACACAGGCCCCAUAACACAGUGGAAACGUAACGCAAAUUGGAAAAUGGUGAAAAGAAAAACUAAUUUUCCUUUUUCUUUGGAACAAAAGCGUGCCGAGGGAAGAGGAGUGCACAAGAGUAUGGAACAAUAUUUACACCUUUUCCUCAAAAUAACUCUUGUUGAUCCUGUUGUGUUGUUGCAAAAAGGAUAUGAUCCUGCAGAUGGCUAGAAUAUUCUAGUUUUGGGCAUACACGCAAUCUCCCACCCCCCAACUCCUGUAUCCCCCCGUCGCAGUCACUUCCUCCCUGUCCCAAAUUAAACCUGUGAUUUUCAAUGGAAGGCGGCCCAUUAGAGAUUGUGUUAUCGUUUGUUAGAUUUUGUCACCAGAUGCCACCAAAUCCCGCACGGGGUUGCUUAAACAGGGCUUAAACAGAGCGUUGAAUCUUUGAUAUUCAUAUUUGUGCAUUUGCUGCCUGGCUGAACCAAAGGCUGUAGAGAAUAGUUCAAAGCUCCAUACUUUUUCAUGUCCCCCGUCGUUGGAUGGGACCGCACUGUGUAGGUCCAAAGACAGAUACGUCUAACACUGAAAGAGAAAUCACACAAUUACCGUGCAAAAAAAAACAAUGGGAAAAACACAAUUAACGCAACAAAGUGCGCAGCACACGAAUCCACAAAAAACGAGGAAGCAAAUGUCCGUUUUGAUGAUAGCGCUUCUCAAACCAGCCCAGCACCGGCGGUAGAAAGAGGACACGGAAGCGUUACAAAAGCUCCAAAUCCACUGGGUAGAAGAAGGCACUGCACACAACAAACAAACAAACAAACAACCAUUCCCAUUCUUGUUGCAUGACACGAUGACCUGACGAUCUUCGAGCACUUAUGAAACGAGCCUGAUGAACCAAAUUGUGUAAAAGAAACAAACCUCCGCGUACCGCGACGCGAUCGCGCGCAAAAAGAUACGAAAUCGAAAAACCUUACUAAUUAGUAACUAUCUCUUCCUGCGAUUCCUGAUAGCCACACCGCGAGUGCAAGCAGAAAACCUUAUUUAUCGAUUAUAGUACCGAGGCUAGAUUUAUAUAUACAUACAUACAUACAUACAUAAAUAGGCAAGGAUAGUGUAUGCAAGCUAGGGAGCGAGAGAAUAGUGAAAAGAAAAGAAAACCCCCUCAAAUGGAGGAAAAGCAUGGGACCAGCAGAGUUUCCCGUAUUAAAGUGGCAACUUUAAAGCGACACACCUAGUAGGUUCCGAUAGAAGAACAUAGACCGAAUGAAUGGAAAAGAAAGAGUUGGAAAAGUAGCGUGCUCUUGGAGCAUACUAAGGAGAAACGAUAAAAUACACACUUGAAUUAAAGGAGAAAGAAGAAAAAAAAACAAACCCAGGCACAUAUGCUGUGAAACAUACUAAAGAUAAUGAACAAAUUGAGCAACCCUCCCUUUGAGCGCCGUCGUCCUUUGACGCGUCGUCGUGUGUGGCAGACAGGGGUAAAAGAACAAAAGCGAACAAGAUGAAUGACGAAUUUGUACAAAAAUACAGUAAAAAAACAGGACACAGGUAAGUUGGGAAAGAUUUGUUAGCCGGAAAAACCGACUAAAACUAAAAAAGAAAACACAAACAAAUACGACAACAAGUUGUGCCUGUUUCAAAGAAACACGUAACACGUGCAAGAAAACCAAUGAAGCGAGAUAAGCGAGGAAACAAAAAUAAAAGAACCAAUAAAAGAGAAAAGGAGAAUACUAUGACGAACUGCACAGUUCAAGUGAACAUGAAGAAACAUAGAGGAAACUAGAGUUGAGAUUAUAACUAGAAGAAUGGAAGGAUACAGUGUUCUAACAGACAUACAAACUAAACAACACACAACAACACACAACCAACUAAACCAAACUCAAUGAGCUUAGUGUAAACAAGUGAAACAAGAGAUCACAAGAACCAGUUGUCUGUGUCUAUGUCUCUGUCUCUGUCUGUGUGCGUGUGUGUGAUUCUGUGUUUGUAUGAUUGUAUUGUAAGACUAUAUGAUAAAACACGAUCAUGCGGCCAGACACAAGGAAGGAAGAGGACAAUGUGCGCUGUAUUUGCAAACCAAAAACAAAACCAAAAUCAAUGUUCCUUUGAUGUGCAAAACCAAAAAAAUCCCCUUUUUUGUGACGUACUGUGGAGUUCGAAUCAUUCUCGCAGCAAAUUUAGCCGCCAGUCGCCUGCUUCGAUCGAAAGCAUGGUGAGGUCCAAAUGAAGAGCGUGUUGUAAUAAAAAACAAACCCCAAAAACAGUGUAACUAACGUAAAAGAGUAAAAAAACAAAUCCCUCCUCCCCUUGUUAGGUGUACAGGAUGUUUAAGUGAUAUACGUUACGAGGUUUUGUACGAGGACACCGGUACACAAUCCAAUACAAUACAACAAAACACUCUAAGUGUUGCUUUUCCCUUCCUUCUGUAGGAUAAAUGCCAUUUACAACAAAUUCUAUUCUCGACACUGGAUUCAAACGAAUUCGAGACGAACACGAUAUAAGGAAGAGUGUACGUGAGUGUACGUUUGUGUGUGGAUGUGUGCGUGUGCAUGUGUGGGUGUGUAUAUGUGAAGGAUAAGAAUGAACAGAAGAAGAAAAAAUUGGUACCUUGUAAUAUGAAAAGAAAAAUGGCGUCAAUCCCCGGCUGCGAUUACGUGAGACUACGUAUAGUUUAUGCCAACAACUCAGUUGAUCAUUUGUAUUUGUUGAAAAAGAUGCUAUACUAAAAUCGUUAUAGAUUUCAUCGACGUUCAAUCCUUCCGGACCUUGAUCAGUCUGAAUGGUGGGGUCCUUUGAACGAAGACAGGAGGACGACGACGGUUUGUUUCUGUUGCAAUGUUUGCCAAGGGAAAGAGGGGCACUUAUGAAACAAGUUGUAGGAGUAGAAUGUAUUUUUUUUUAUAUAUAUGUUACCAAACUGUUACCCAAAUCGUUAGAGAAGAGGCAGGAAUGUUGUGUUGUAUUAGUUUCCGAUCCCCCCGUAUAACACAUGCCCACGGAAUCCUUUUCCCCAUUUUGCUCUCUCUCGCUGUAUUGGCGGUAUAUAUGCAUGUCUAUAGCCGUGUGUACCCAUCACCGAACGAAAAGGGGAAAAAGAACCGGGUGGAACUAACCUUGUAUAAGACGACGCUGAAGGGUGAUGGCGAAGCAGCUGCACUGAAACGAGAAAGAAGGGAAGGAAGGAAGACACAAAUAAAUAAAUAUAUUAGAUGUACAACAAAAACAUGCGCAUUGACGACAGUACCGAGAAUCAAAUCCGAAAGAGUGUGAAUACUUCUUGAAAAUCCCAUUAACCAAAAACCUGUUUACUUGUUUGAUGUGGAGAAGAAUUCAGCAAAUAAUGGCCUGGUGCGAUCGUGUUUGAACUUGGGGGCUAGCGAAUACGUUCAAGUGUGUGAAGCACACCAACGUCAACUUGGAUCGAGUGAGACAAUAUGCUUGGUUGUAGUAUGCUUUCAUGAGUCAGAGAAAUCGGUGCAAUAGUUGCCGCUGCGCGUAGCUCCUUCACGAUGGAUAUUGUCGUUCUGGUGGCGUUGAAAAUAUGUUUCAUCCUCUUCCUGAUCGGUGGCUACUAUAUAGCGCGCUUUAUCAAGCAGCGGCGUAUGGCACCGGUAAUAGUGACGCAGGAAAUUCCGGGACAAGGAUAUUCUCCGCCCGUUGCAGUACACGUACCGGAUGCACAGCAGUACAAUCAUUGGGGCUUUGCGCAACUAUCGGCAAACCCUACAAUUCCUGCUCCAGUUGGUGCGAAUGAUAAAAAAGAGCCUGUUAAAAACUGACCAUAUCCCUCUCUCAACAGAGGGGGAAACAUGGUGGUGAUGCAAUAUGAAUAAAAUUAAUUAAAAGUAUGGAAAGAUGUACAUAUGUAAAUUCCUUAAAGCAAUUCCAUAAAACAUUUAGUUUGUUUACUUUUUACUUGGAUGCGUACCUAAACAAAAGAACGACGAUUCCCAAGUAGCAUGUCGACCAAGGUGUGAAUAUACGUCGAGACGUUUCGCAUUCAAAACGCUCAGAAAACCUGUUCCAAAUUGAUUGCAACCCUAGCUUUGUUCUGAGAGACAUUUGUUUCACAUUUAAAUCUGCUGGAUUCCGAUUCCGACGCCCUCUUUAACGUAAAAAAAACAGUAUCAAAACGGCGAACUAGUUGUACGGGUGCAUAAACGUCAAAUAGCAAAAUGGCCAAACUGUCAACCUUCAGCUUGUAACCAUACCUGAAACUAACGAUGAUUCAUAGCGUUGCGGCUUCUCCUAUUCGUAAAGAUCACGCUUGAUGCGCACAAAACCGCGAUCACCUCGAAAAAUUGUUUUGCCUUGAAAGUAGCUAUCGGCAAAAGGAGUGUGUCGUUUUUUCCGCUAUUUCCGCAGCGAGUAGUACAUAGUUUAAAUUACGAUGAUUGAUCUUAUCAUAAUAACUAUUUUCAUAAUAUUUGGGUUCUGCAUUUACGGUUGCAUCAAAUGUUGCUGUUGCAAGAAUGAUCGUGCGGUGAUAGUGACACACACAACAAUAAACAACCCCGAAAAGCCUCGCGAUCAACCGCAAUCUACAACUAUUGUACCGCCACCCGGUGCAUUCAUUCUUCGUCAUCCGACUGGCACUGUGACGUACCCGGUAUACCCAACUCCGUACAUGAUGCAACAGCCACACGAGCAGAACAUGCAGCAGCAGCAGCAGUUCUCGGAUCCAAAAUCGUCGAUGCCACCACCGCAAGCGAACACUCUCCAAUUUCCGGAACUUCCUCCGCAAAUGUACUAUCCGGUUCCACCCAAUGGUUCUGCAGCGAUGAUGAAUCCACCCAGCUACAACCAAGUGGUGGGUGACACUAAACCAGUGCAGGCUCCUUACAAGGGUUAAACGACAAUGGCCAUACAUACAUAAUAUUAAUGUUAAGGAACAAACGAUGAAACACAAAACAGCGGAAACGCUUUAGGAAAGGAAUGUUUCCUAGUGCCAUCGUAGGCAAGCGUUAGUUGCAUUUGUUACCGCAUCUAUUAGACUGUAUCGCGUAAGUUUAUGUCCCAUUUCAAGUCAGUGGUCUAAUGGUGUGGCAAUAUGAGAAGAAUGUACUGAAUUUGUCUAGCAACAAGUGCCCAAGCUGAUCAACUCGUUCAUCGAAAUUCGAGUGUAAUGGGACGCCAUUUAGGGCCGUGGCAACGCCCAUCCUAUACGAUUUUAUAGGAUGCAGCUGUCAAACGCUAUUUCGGUUUAUAUUGCGAUUAUUUGGAUGAUUUCCAUAGCCUAAUCAUUCAUUCUAAAAAAACAAUUUCGUUUGAUAAAAUCGCAUCGGAUCAGCGUUGCCAACAUCUUUAUCCACACAAGCCACUACAUUAGACCAUUGACGAAUCUUUUGCUCCCAGUAUUCGUGCCAUUAGAUGUUAUUGCAUCGCACUUAUGGAGUAGAAUACUCUCGUAUUUUCUUAUCGAUUUUUGAAUUCCUACAUAUAUUCAACUUUACCGGACUUUACCGAGUUCUAAAUAUAUAUUGUUUGCAUUACUUCAUA